UAUCAAAAAAUUGGGUGGAAGGCCCAAAAGCAAAGAAGGCCCAAAAAUUGAACGAACUUCAAACAAAACAACAGAAAGUUAAAUUAGGUUAGAGUAGAAAUUCAAAUUAGGUGCGGGGCAAGACGAGUGCACAGAGUAGGAUUCAAAAGCAUUCAUCCAUCACUGAACAUCAUGGUAAAAACAAGAUCAAUGACUAAGAAAGAAUCCAUGACGGGGGAAACUAGUACCCAGAUUGAUGUUAAUAGCCAAGCAUUCAAGCGAAUUAGGAAAAACAAGAACAAGUCUGAUGGUGGCCAUUUGGGACCCGUGACCAUAGACAUUGAAGCUUUGAGAAUCUUCAUGUCCGAGGACUAUAAGAUCCGACAUCCAUUCAUGCCAUAUGAUAGAUCCCUACCACCUAAGGUCAACUAUGCUAGAGAAUUCGAAUGGUACACUGCUGGGCAAUCUGAAUGGGACCAGAUGAGUCAACAUGAGAAAGCUCCCUUUAUUCAAAAGGUUAUGGAAAAGAAGGCACCUACCCCACCUCAUCUCCUAUAUUAGUGAGGGCUAAUCCAGGAAUUUGCUAGCUGGAAUUGGUCUAGCUUUCUUUUGGAGUCAUGAAUAUAAUAUUAGACAUGUGUAGUGAACCUAUGUAAUGUUCAGACAUGUAGUGCAAUAUUAGUGAAUCUAUCAAGUUCUGGGUGGGUUGGUAGUUUUAAUAUGCUAUUUUUGAGAAACUAGUACCUCAUUUGGUGAAUAUUUGUAAAGUUUAUGAACCCAUGUUCUCUUUUGGCAUAUCUAUAUUUAAAUGUUCCUUGUUAGAUUUUUUUGUUGAAUUUUGGUGAUUUAUUGAAGGCAGUCAUGGGACUUUCAUAUAAUUUUUGCUUUUUUAAUGCAAAAGAAUUAAUCAGUGUCCUUUGCUACGACGUUAAGCAAUUACAUUUUACCUUUUUGUCUGUUGAUAGCAUUCCCCUCUCCUGUGAGUUAGGUUAGUUAAUGUUUCCUUUGCUUUCUUUACCAUCAUCUAGCUUUAGUAAUUCAAACAGUAUUCUCUGUAUCUCCAACUGCAAGCGGCCAAUUCUUUCUGACACUCUUACGCCUGCUCUGAUAUUCUCUUCCUUCUUGCACUGCCGCUCUCUUCCGACUCCGUUACAGACUUCUGGCCAUACCGUGACGAUAUGUCCUCAAUAUUCUUCAUCAAUAUUCCAUUAAAGUCGAACAACUUCUGGAUGAUGCCUCAGCUUCUUUCAGCUUCCCUUUAAUAGUAUCGCUUUUAGUGCAACCUUCUUCGUUCAAAUUGUAAUUUAUUUGUUGAUUUUUCGGUGUUUGUUUGUUUGAUUCAAGGGUCUUGUUUUGGUUCUAGAUGUUUACAGUGCUGCACAGAAGAUGGGAUUAGAGAGUUUCUAAGCAGUUUAUCCAAUAGUGUUAGCGGCUUGUGUUGCGCUUAUUUCUAUCUCCUGUAAGUAUGCAUUCUUAUUGUUAAUUGUUAAUGUGAUAUUUACAUUUGUGGGUGUGAAGAAUCAAAUACUAAUUGGGUGAAAAGAAAUUGAAAAGCUUCCCUUUACUAUAUGUUGGAUCCGUAAUUUUGAACAAGUAACUUAUAUAUACUUUGUAUGGUUGUUAAUACAAAUCAUUCUCUUUUGCUUUUGGUGAGUGUGUGUGUAUAUAUAUCUAUAUAUCGCUUGAUACUGCAUGUUUGUAUAUGGUGUCUUAGAUUGAAACUAUUUGUAGUUGCAUCAGUAUAUAACUUGAUUACUUGAGAAGUUAAGAUCUUUGUUGUUUUGCUUAUUGGAGUCUUGUUCUAUGCUUUAUGUUUUAUGUUGAAGGUUUCAGUUAAUAUCUCUUUCAUGUUCAUGUAGUCAAUACAAUGAUCAGUUGCCUUUGAUUAAGCACAUCAAGUAUAUGGCUUUCCGAUCUGGGCUUCAUGUUAUCUGCUUGUCUGUGUAUAUAGAGCAGAAUCUGUGCAUCGUUUUCAUUAAACAGCCUUGUCGCCAAUGUUUUCUACCCUCAAGUUCAAAUUUGUACUUCACUAUCUUUUGACAACUUUUCUUUUUGGCUGUUAAUAUUGUUGGCAUUGUAGGGCUCUCAUACUGGCAAUCCACAAUCUAUGCUUAGAAAACCCGGCAGAGUUUUAAAAUAAGCAUAAUUAACUACAAAUAUGCAUGUGCCUGCUAGAUGCAGGUAAUUAACCAAGAACAUGAACAACAUACUAUAUGAUACAGACUUGGUGGAUCAUCCUGUGCAUGAACAAGAGGUAUUGGAUUAAGCAAAUACGCAAGGACAAGCGCAAACAGUAUACAGCUUUUUGAUAACAUCUUAUCUGACGCUAAUCUGACGCUAAGUAAACAGAUUCUAGAAGAGAAUGUUGUAAUGUGGGUAUAUUUGUCUAAGAUUAUGGAUUCGAAUCCAUAUUAAUAUGUUGCUGGAGAUCUCUUGGAGAUCUCAAAGUUGUCCACUCUCAACUCUUUCUCUACUUGAGAAUUUGAAGUAAUAAAUUUUCUAUCCUGUUUAAUUGCUUCUGAAUGCUCUUUCUUAUUGGGUGCAUUGACUGACUUCUUUCCCUUGCCAACAGCAAGAUUAAUGCUACUUACUUGAUCAGUGAUUUUCCACGUCCCAAACACUUGGAUAUCAGACCCCUCAUAGCGUCUUUUACUUAUCCCAUAGGAGGAAGUUUCAGAUAUAUGAUCAAGCAUAGUAUCUUUUGGCAGAAGCCCAUCUCCUCUGAAAUUUCAGAUUGUGGCUGCUUCAAGUUUUCUGUAUAUCUACGGUUUUCAGAGCUCAUUUCAUCCAUCUGUUCAUUGCAGAUUCAAAUUUGGCAUGUAUAUCUGAGUUUUCUUCUAUUCCAAGCCUUUCCAUUUCCACAAUGGUAUCUUCGAUAGCUUUGAACCAAAACACUAUGAUCACACUUUAAACCCCAAUCUUUUAGCUUCUAAUUUUACAGGCAGUGUACGGAUUCAUCUUUCUAUACUUGAUCCAACUCGCUACCUAGUACUCAACUCCCUUGACUUGAUCAUCCAUGAAGUUUCAUUUACCACGAAUAAACUAAAACAUGUGCCUUGUGAUGUUGUGGUGGAUGGAGAGGAUGAGUUACUUGUGUUGCUUUUUGAGGAGGCUCUUUCUUUGGGGGAAGGGAUUCUGAGCAUCAACUUUUCUGGGAUACUAGAUGAGCAUAUGAAGGGUUUUUACAGAGGGUGGGUGUAGAUGCCAGAGCACAGAAAUCGGCUCUUCAGCAUAUUCCAGGGUUGCCUUUAUAUUGUGGAUGCAUACAAAAUUUACUGGUCAAGCUGUUCUAAAGGUAUUCAUACUGGAUAGAUGGUUCUCCGUUUAGUUGAAGCUAUUGAUGUUUAUCUAGCUGGUACUGUCAUGUUAAUAUUUGGUAUGGGUAGUAAUAUUCCAAAUGAUGGUCCUCCUGCAAAUGAUCGUGCCCUUAAAGGAUCUUCUCUAUUUGGGAUGUUUGCUUUGAAGGAGAGGCCACUAUGGAUGAAAAUCAGUUCACUUGACAUAUUAAAGACAAAGGUGGGACAUGUGACCGUCAUGAUUCUUCUGGUAAAAAUGUUUGAGAGGAGCAAAAUGGUGGCCAUAGCCACUGGUCUUGAUCUAUUAAGUUACUCUCUUCAUUUUGCUAGGCAGGAAGGCCAAAUCGAAUGAGUUGAUAAAUCAGUAUGGCGGACUGCAGUUGCUGAAGCUGGGAAUGAUUCAGUUUCAGGGUAUAUAUAUAUGGAGAUUUUGUCAUGAAAGUCAUUAAAUCUCAGCCUGAGGUUUCACAUAGUUUUCUGUUUUGUUGAGGAAUUACUAAGAAUCUGGUUACUUGUUGAAAAACCUAAACUUGAAUUUUCUUCAGUUCCCUUUGAGGCUUUGACCCACCUUUCUUUAACAUGUGUCAAUGGUCAUUAAUGUUAAAAGCAGAUUUGAAGUAGAACCCCUAGAGAUCAUAAGCCCAUCAGUCUCAAUUCCUCAUAAACUAGGUACAUUUUGUAGAUUUUGGCAUUUGCAAAUUCUUUCUAAUUUAGUGAUGCUGGAUUUAACUUUCUACAGUAACAAGCAUUAAUUUUAUCAUCUUAAUUCAAAGUAUACAAAAUACAAGUUAAUCUGCGAUGAAGAUAUACAAUGUCCUGAUCAGUCAAAGGAUAAGAUGCAUGUAAAUGAACCAAUGACUGAAAAACAAUCAAAGAAUUUCUAAAAAAAAAGAUCAGAAGAGAAUGCACACAGUUUCCUCCUCUUAUGUCAAUGUUAGGCCACGGCGCCCCUAGGUGGCUACACCAAACGGAGUCAUGGCCUGCGGGCGUACCCGCAGCAAUGGAGGGGGAAGAGCCGUGGCGCGGUGGCCUGUGAAAUUUUGGCCGUUCAAUUUGCAAUGGUUGUUGCUGCCGAUAACAUGGCUGCAGCCAUUGGGUUGGGGAGGCGGAGCCGUGCCCUUUUGAAGAGCUUGUAAAUAAAUGCAAUUUAUCGAAAUAAACUUUGUAUUUUUCGUGAA